AAAACAAAAAUUUCACUUCCUGUUUACUUGAAACAAAAUGGCAAAGUGUAUUUUGCUACUUUUGUUUAUAAAUUUCGUUAGCAUCGCAUUGACAUUCGAAUUUAAUGGAUUUAGGAAAUCCAUACAUAUAGCGCAACGACUUAGAGAAAAAGAUUUGCCAGGACAGACAGUGAAAGUUGCUUUGAAGGCAAAAGAUGUUACGGAGAAAGGGGUUCCGCAUUUUUUGCAAAAAGCAGUUGAUGAGAUGCAUGAAUCUCGCGAGCGGAGGGCAGUCGAUAAAGAUCGCCUUAAACCACAGAGUUCGUCAUUUGCCUUCAAUGACAGUCAUUCACAGAUGGUGAUACACUGGGCUGGCAAGAACAGUGAUGUCAUAAUUGCUCUAACUAAAGGAUCUGUGGUCGGAUCAGCGUUUUCGUUUCAUGCUCGUCAUACCAGCAAUGUUUUUGUGUCGCACAAUUAUGGUCGAAAUUUUACUUCAUUGAACGACAAACUGAGGUUGUAUAAUGGAACACAAGCAGUUAUAUCACAGUUCUUCAAUGCACCUUCUCUCAACAGUCAUUACAUAUUCGCAGAUGAAAACAGCAGAUUUAUUUUCACAACACGUGAUUAUGGAAGAACAAUAUUUAAAAAGAUGGUGCCAUUUAAACCAACCAAAAUUUUGUUUCACAAAAGCUACUACAGCCUGGUGCUUGGUAUGGAUGAUAGCAGUACAGGAGAUGGUAUGCUGUACCUCUCCAAAAAUUUUGGUGAGUCAUGGCAGGGAAUAAAGAGUAAUGUACGGACAUUUUACUGGGAUGAUGGAAAGUAUGCUAAAAAUGGUACUAAUAGUACAUGUAUCUAUAUCUUACGCCUUACAACUGCUGAUCUUGGUACUGUGAUUCGGAGCUGCGAUUUCUUUGAAAAUGAUGAAGUAGAGUUACUUACCUUUGUUCAUGAUUUUGAAAUCCAAGGUCCAUACAUGUUUGCCACUAGAAAAUUGAGACUGCUUGGAGGCACCGGUACUGCUCAUCAGAUCUAUGUAUCAUAUUAUAGAGGGCGCUUCUACAAUUCCCAGUUUCCUCAUGAUUUAACACAUCUGGAUUACUAUGUGGCUGAUGCAUCAGAAGAUCAGAUAUUCAUGUGUGUAAACCAUGAUGAGCUAACAACACAUCUCUAUAUCUCAAAUGUAAAUGGGACCAAAUUUAGUCAGUCACUGGAAAACAUACUCUAUUUUAACCCUAAUGGAUCCAAUAGGAAUAGUUGGCUCAGGUUUUACAUGGACAAGCCGUUUGCAGACUUGCAUAAAGUUGCUGGGAUGCGUGGUGUUUAUAUUGCAACACAGCUCAUCAACAAGACUCUUUCAUCAGACCAUCAGAGGUCACUUAUCUCAUACGAUAAAGGCGGGGAGUGGCAGCUGAUUGUAGCGCCUGAGAGGGAUUUCUAUAACAACCCAACAAACUGUUCAGUGCAAAAGGAUGCCUUCACAAUUCAGGAAACGAAUUGCUCCCUACAUGUAAGCCAAAAAUUUCACCGCCUGUAUGCUUCUAGUAGAGCAACACCAAUAUUGUCCAAGGCGUCGGCUCCAGGUCUCAUCUUAGCAACUGGAAAUUACGGCAGUAAGAUUACAGUGGGCGAAAGUGCUGGAGUUUUCCUUUCAGGAGAUGCAGGCUUUACCUGGCAUCAGGUUUUAGAUGGAGUACAUUACUUUGCACUGGCUGACCAUGGUGGAAUUAUUCUGGCAGUAAAACAGUACGAACCUACCAAUCAGAUUGUGUAUUCUACUGAUGAAGGGGAAACAUGGCAUGUAUACAAUUUUACUCGAAAUGCAAUUCGGAUACAUGGUGUAUUGACAGAACCAGGGGAGAAAACCACUGUGUUUUUCUUGUUUGGCUCAAAUCUGGAUCACCAUUCAUGGAUAGUUAUCUCCCUGAAUCUUAGCACAGUUUUUAGUAAGUUAUACAAUACAGAAUUUAAGUUUAGGUAUUUAAUGAAAAAGACCAAGAACUCAGCAGUCUGUGAGCCUUUAACUUUGAUGAUUUAAAAUCAAAGAAUACAAUAGGAGUUAUGUUUGAUGCAAUAUUUUGCAUAAAAUUAAAAUGUACUUGUUGGAUUUUUGAAGCAACUCACCUGUAAUGUUUUUCCGUAACAGCUUCUUUUUGUAUGUUUGUGGUGUUCUGUGCUUCUGAGAAAUCUACCGUUACCUACCGGUAUUAUCUUUUGAUUUUUUACUUUGUAAAGUGUAUUUAGUAGCUUACCUGAACCAAGUAGGCUUUGAGUAUUGAUGGAUGUUGUGGUUCCAUUGUCUAUUGUCAAUAUUUUGCUUUUAUUGGCUUGAUAGAUAGUCUCCAAACAUAGUCAGGAACAUCCUUCAAUAGAUGUUGAAUAAUUUAAAUUUGUUUGAUUUUUACUGUGCUUUAUGCCAUUUGAACUAAAUAUAGACAUACUUUAAAUAACUUCUUAUGAUUUGCUUAAUGGAUGUUCAUGAAAAUUGCAACCUGCUAUGGAUAUUUCUGUUAAUCAUGGACAUGGUUCCACAUGAGUGCUCACAGGGAAUUGCCAGAACUGAAGGAAAAACUUGCAACUUCUUUACAUGAAGCUGAGGUAAAAGUGACAUUGCUUCAGAUGAUUUUUGAGUCGGCUAAACGCUAAAAGCGUUUGACGAGUCCUUGCUAUCGCCCGAUUUCUCAUUCUCAUUAAAUGGCCUCACAACACAGCGAACUGAUGUAGUUCCAUUAGAUUGUCUCUAAUUUCAAAGAGUUCAUUGAUCGUAUGAAGUUCAGUUAUGUCAAUCCCAUUUGCUAUGACCAAUAUACGAUGUAAUCUGUCAAAUUUAUUAAGUGUAAUUGUGCAAUAGUCGAAUAAAGCCACGUAUUUUCUUCCGCGGUAACUCAUUAAGCAUAGACACGAAUAACGAUUCUACGGGAUUUGGUAAUACAUUUGCGCAUAUGAUUAUUGUGACUGAUUUUAUGCCCUUUUGUCACAAAAUAGCAAAUAUGAUGUUCACAAAUUCAAAUAAAAACUGCAUAUUAACUUAUUAGCCAAAUUAUCCAUUUGUUACCGGCUGUCCGUUUCAAAAAAUAAUCUUUAAAAUCAUUGCGCAAAUAACAAAUUUAUUGCGCUAUGCAUUAAAUUUUCAUGAAUUGCGCAGGCUUACCAAGCUUGCAUAACAUCCAGCGAAAGACAAAAUAUAGUUCCAGAAGAUACUGCUAGUAUUUUAUUGAGUCUGGUACCUCUGAAAGCAUUGGAUUGUCUCUUAUCAAAGAGUUUACCACAUCGAUGAAAUUAAAUUAUGACAGCUUCAUUUUGAAUGACCCGAAUAAGAUAUGUGCAGUACGUUAA